CAUAUGUAAAAAGCUUUUAAGCUUUAAUUCAAUUGGAAAUUGGAAAGUAGUAGUCACUCCGUAACCGUAAAGUAGUAAACAUGCCAGAAAACCUGUUUAAUAUAGAAUCACAAGACUUGCCCCAACAAAAAAGAUACCACAAUGAUUCCAUCACUUUCCCAACAGUUAUAAUCCCCAACACACAAUCCACAGAUGAUUUAAAAAGUAGCAUUCGUGAUCACAAACCAUAUUUAGAAUCCAUACUGCAUACGAAUGGUGCCAUUCUAUUCCGUGGCUUCACAUCUGUUUCCUCUGCUUCUGACUUCAACGACGUCGUCGAAGCCUUUGGUUAUGAUGAGCUCCCUUACGUCGGCGGGGCUGCUCCUCGUACAAACGUUGUCGGUCGUGUUUUCACUUCUAAUGAAUCCCCACCAGAUCAAAAGAUCCCCUUCCAUCAUGAAAUGGCCCAGGUACCUACGUUUCCAUUGAAGGUGUUUUUCUUUUGUGAAGUGGAACCGAAAAUUGGGGGCGAAACCCCUAUUGUGUUAAGCCAUAUUAUUUAUGAUAAGAUGAAACUUAAGUAUCCCGACUUCGUUGACAAAUUGGAAAAAGAUGGAUUGAUAUAUACACGAGUUCUGGGGGAAGACGACGAUCCGUCUUCCCCCAUUGGUCGCGGAUGGGUAUCCACGUUCAUGACCAAAGACAAAGCGGUCGCUGAAGAAAGGGCUGAGAAGCUUGGAAUGAAGCUGGAAUGGACAGAUGAUGGAGUGAAGACAGUCAUGGGGCCGAUCCCGGCUAUCAAGUUUGAUGGAACUAGGCAAAGGAAGAUAUGGUUUAACAGCAUGGUGGCAGCUUAUACUGGAUGGGAAGAUGCGCGGAAUGAUCCUGUCAAGGCGGUGACUUUUGGCGAUGGUACGCCUUUGCCUGCACAUGUUAUACAUGAUUGUUUGAAGAUUUUGGAGGAGGAAAGCGUGGCAAUACCGUGGCAGAAAGGUGAUGUUCUGCUGCUGGAUAAUUUGGCAGUUCUUCAUUCCCGUCGGGCAUUUGAGCCGCCUCGUCGUGUUUUGGCUUCUCUUUGCAAGUGAAGGGGGAACAUUGGCUUGUUUACCUUAUACCAGUGUUAUUAUGUAUUGAUAUGAUAUGAUAAGAAGCUGCAUUUGUGAUUCUUAUCUCAAGUUUAAACUAAAUAAAGAGCUUCAUGUAAUAAUUUACAUCAA